AUGCGCGUUGAGAAACCAAUUGCCACCGUAGCACGCGCGACGCAAUACUUACCGCAAGUGGUAGAAUCAAAAUGGCGUAGAAACCGAGCGUUUCAGACGCGAAAUGCUGGUUUGCCCACCGUUCACCAUAUAAAAUUCUGUCGACGAACCGAAAUAAUUAAAUACAACACCUCAAAAGCUGACGCCAAAGCGACUCACCUCAGCGCUAACCACGAGAAAUGA